AUGGAGUUGCUUCAAGAUGGCGCCACAGAUGUGCGAGUUGCGUCAUCUUCAUCUUCAUCAGAUGAGGCAUGUGACGACUCAGACUUUUCUCACCUGGACGUCUCACCUUUGACCUUUGACCCUGUGAGGGAGUCUGACUUCAUCCCCCCUUACGUGUUGGAAGCUGGCUCCGCCCACUCGCCGUCACACACCUGUGCCGACCCUGACACGCAACACCUGGACGCCAAAGGAUUGACCAAUGAGAAGAGUGGGGAGGAAGACAGGAAGUGGCGAGGUGACCCUGAGUCCAGCAGCAGAAGUCCAGGCAGGAGCGUCAGGAGGUUUAGGAGGACAGGUGGCAGCACACAGCUGGCGCCGUGCUGCUGGACCUGCUGCACACCUGGACAACACACACCUGGACAACACACACCUGGACAACCACACCUGGACGCCGUGACGCUCAUGGCGCAGGCUGAGAGUGAGGAGGGGCAGGAGUUCACUCCCAGUGACAUCUCCGAGUCGCAGCGUCACCUGCCGGCCGUGUUCAGGCGUGUUGCCGCCAUGAGCCACGCCCCCUUCCAUUGUGACCUGAUAAGGGAAGAAGAGGAAGACACUGAUUGGUCCAAAGCAGACGGGCUUGAUGACAUUAUAGCCCCGCCCACACCCUUUAAGGACUGGCAGCCCCGCCCACUCAUGGAGUUGCUUCAAGAUGGCGCCACAGAUGUGCGAGUUGCGUCAUCUUCAUCUUCAUCAGAUGAGGCAUGUGACGACUCAGACUUUUCUCACCUGGACGUCUCACCUUUGACCUUUGACCCUGUGAGGGAGUCUGACUUCAUCCCCCCUUACGUGUUGGAAGCUGGCUCCGCCCACUCGCCGUCACACACCUGUGCCGACCCUGACACGCAACACCUGGACGCCAAAGUGAUGAUGUUGUCUAAACAUUCACUUUUCUCUCUCAUCCACACAACAACACCCAGACGCCCCCUGCUGGACUGCAAGGACACUUCAUCUCCUCACCUGGGAUUCUUACUUCACCACAAGCUGCGUGCCAGCAGGUGUGGUUACCGCGAGGGGGAGGAGUAUCAGGUGGUUGGUCACAUCCACAGCGGUUGCUACGGAGACGUGUUGCGUGUGCGGGACAAGACGAGCGGCUUCACCUGCGCCGCCAAAAAGCUUCCUCUCAGUCGCUUCAAGGAGGAGGAAGUGACGGCGUGGAGCGUCCUGGACUCUCCUGGCGUCCUGCGCCUCUUCGGCGCCGUGAGGGAGGGGCCUAACGCCGUGCUCUUCAUGGACCUGAAACCAGCCAGUCUGGCUCAGCUGAUGAAGUCCGCCCGUCGCCUGCCUGAAGACCUGGCUCUGCACUUCCUGCACCAGACACUGGGGGCGCUGCGACACCUGCACCGCUGCCGGGUGGUGCACCUGGAUGUCAAAGUGGACAACGUGCUGCUGUCCUGGGACUGCACACACACCUUCCUGUGUGACUUUGGCCACGCCCACUUGUUGGACUCCAGUGGUCUGAGCACCAAAAGCUUUCUGGGCGGGGGCCUGCCUGGCACAGAGACCCACAUGGCCCCCGAGGUGGCGUGCGGGGGGCCCCUGAGUGCCAAGGUGGACGUGUGGAGCAGCUGCUGCAUGUUCCUUCACAUGCUGAGCGGCCGCCAGCCGUGGAUCUGCCGUUUCUCUCCGCCGCUGUGUCUGCAUAUCGCCAAGGAGCCCCCGCCCCUGUGGGAGGUGCCGCCCGGCUGCCACGCCAUGACGGUCGAAGUGUUCCGGGCCGGGCUGCGGAAGGACGCGGUCAGGCGGGCGUCGGCCAGUCAGCUGCGGAGGAAAAGCGCCGAGGCCCUCAGAGCAGUGGGCGGUCUGCGUCCUGCGUCCGUCCAACUGGCCCGCCGCAAGCUAUGGGACAGAAAGUCCGCCCCCUUGGCAUCGCCGGACACCGCGACUCCCACAAUGCACUGGGUGAGUCCUUGGAGGACCGCCGCCAUGGAGGAGGAUCAGCCCAGGUCUUUGAGGGACCAAGGAGACCGGGACGCCCACGUGGACCUCUACACAGGUGGGCUGAGGACAGACCUGGACUACGAGGGUGACCGCGAGGACGAGGACGAGGACGAAGAAGAAGAAGAAGAAGAAGAAGAAGAAGAAGAAGAAGAAGAAGAAGAGUCCACAACAUACGUGCGAAGACUUCAAGGUUUCUUCCCCCUGCUGCAGCGAGGACGAGCGCCACAACACACCUGGCAGGGAUCACACACCACACCUGGUGUGGACAUCACACCCUCCCCCGAGCCACGAGAUGACCCCCCCUCCUGCUUCAGCAGCUCCUCGCAGGCCGACACCUCAGACCGGGACUCGGAGCUGUCAUCUGAUGACCUCAGCUCAGGUGUCGUGUCUCCCUGUGAAGUCAGCACGGAGGCUGCGUGGGCACAUAGUUCACCCUCACCCUGCUUCCAAGGUGUGGACGUGUGGAUCGAGGACGGCCGGGGGGAUUGUCUGAGGAUCAGAGAGCGUCGGCUGGUCCAGGUGGGACACGUCGCGGUGGGAAUCAGCGAGCAGGUGGCCGUGGCUAAUUUCACCUUGGAGACGCUGGACAGGAAGUCGCUGUGCUGGGAUUGGCAGAUCCAGGAGGCGUGUCUGUGGCUUCGAUGCGUUCCUGCGCCCGACUCUUGCCGCCGUUGGAGGUGGAGAGUUCAUGGCGGCAAACUGCAGCGGCGACCACAUGACUGGCAAGAAACAUGCUAAUCAUAUUAGCAUGGCCUUGAAGACGUUAGCCAUUAGCUUCACAUGCUAACUUCCUUUGCAUGUCAUCAGCUAAUGUUUGAAAAUGUUAGCUAUUAGCUUCACAUGCUAACUUUAUUAGCAUGUCAUCAGCUAAUAUAUCAUGACGUUAGCCAUUAGCUUCACAUGCUAACUUCUUUAGCAUGUGAUCAGCUAAUGUUACAUGAUGUAAGCCAUUAGCUAAACAUGCUAACUUCUUUAAAAAACAUUAGGCCAUGUCAUGCUAUUUUUCUUAGCAUGCCAUGAGCGAAUGUUUGAUGAUGUUAGCCAUUAGCUUUACAUACUAACUUCCUUAGCAUGUCAUCAGCUAAUAUUUGAAGACUUUGGCCAUUAGCUUCACAUGCUAACUUCCUUGGCAUGUCAUCAGCUAAUGUUUGAAAAUGUUAUCUAUUAGCUUCACGUGCUAACUUUAUUAGCAUGUCAUCAGCUAAUAUAUCAUGACGUUAGCCCUUAGCAUCACGUGGCAACUUCUCUAGCAUGACAUGAGCGAAUGUUUGAUGGUGUUAGCUGUUAGCUUCACAUGCUAACUUUAUUAGCAUGUCAUCAGCUAAUAUAUCAUGAUGUUAGCCAUUAGCUUCACAUGCUAACUUCUUUAGCAUGUGAUCAGCUAAUGUUACAUGAUGUAAGCCAUUAGCUAAACAUGCUAACUUUAUUAGCAUGUCAUCAGCUAAUAUAUCAUGACGUUAGCCAUUAGCUUCACAUGCUAACUUCUUUAGCAUGUGAUCAGCUAAUGUUACAUGAUGUAAGCCAUUAGCUAAACAUGCUAACUUCCUUAGCAUGUCAUCAGCUAAUGUUUGAAAAUGUUAUCUAUUAGCUUCACAUGCUAACUUUAUUAGCAUGUCAUCAGCUAAUAUAUCAUGACGUUACCCAUUAGCAUCACGUGGCAACUUCUCUAGCAUGACAUGGGCGAAUGUUUGAUGGUGUUAGCUGUUAGCUUCACAUGCUAACUUUAUUAGCAUGUCAUCAGCUAAUAUAUCAUGACGUUAGCCAUUAGCUUCACAUGCUAACUUCUUUAGCAUGUGAUCAGCUAAUGUUACAUGAUGUAAGCCAUUAGCUAAACAUGCUAACUUCUUUAAAAAACAUUAAGCCAUGUCAUGCUAUUUUUUCUUAGCAUGCCAUGAGCGAAUGUUUGAUGAUGUUAGCCAUUAGCUUUACAUACUAACUUCCUUAGCAUGUCAUCAGCUAAUAUUUGAAGACUUUGGCCAUUAGUUUCACAUGCUAACUUCCUUGGGAUGACAUGAGCGAAUGUUUGAUGAUAUUAUCUAUUAGCUUCACGUGCUAACUUCCUUAGCAUGUCAUCAGCUAAAGUUUGAAAAUGUUAUCUAUUAGCUUCACAUGCUAACUUUAUUAGCAUGUCAUCUGCUAAUAUAUCAUGACGUUAGCCAUUAGCAUCACGUGGCAACUUCCCUGGCAUCACAUGGGCGAAUGUUUGAUGGUGUUAGCUGUUAGCUUCACAUGCUAACUUCCUUUGCAUGACAUGAGCGAAUGUUUGAUGAUAUUAUCUAUUAACUUCACAUGCUAACUUCCUUAGCAAGGCAUCAGCUAAUGUUUAAAAAUGUUAUCUAUUAGCUUCACAUGCUAACUUUAUUAGCAUGUCAUCAGCUAAUAUAUCAUGACGAUAGCCAUUAGCAUCACAUGGCAACUUCUCUAGCAUGACAUGAGCGAAUGUUUGAUGGUGUUAGCUGUUAGCUUCACAUGCUAACUUUAUUAACAUGUCAUCAGCUAAUAUAUCAUGAUGUUAGCCAUUAGCUUCACAUGCUAACUUCUUUAGCAUGUGAUCAGCUAAUGUUACAUGAUGUAAGCCAUUAGCUAAACAUGCUAACUUCUUUAAAAAACAUUAAGCCAUGUCAUGCUAUUUUUCUUAGCAUGCCAUGAGCGAAUGUUUGAUGAUGUUAGCCAUUAGCUUUACAUACUAACUUCCUUAGCAUGUCAUCAGCUAAUAUUUGAAGACUUUGGCCAUUAGCUUCACAUGCUAACUUCCUUGGGAUGACAUGAGCGAAUGUUUGAUGAUAUCAUCUAUUAGCUUCACGUGCUAACUUCCUUAGCAUGUCAUCAGCUAAUGUUUGAAAAUGUUAUCUAUUAGCUUCACAUGCUAACUUUAUUAGCAUGUCAUCAGCUAAUAUAUCAUGACGUUAGCCAUUAGCAUCACGUGGCAACUUCCCUGGCAUGACAUGAGCGAAUGUUUGCUGGUGUUUGCUGUUAGCUUCACAUGCUAACGUCCUUAGCAUGACACCAGCUUGGGUUUCAUGACAUUAGCCAUUAGCUUAGCAUGUGAUCAGCUAAUGUUACAUGAUGUUAGCCAUUAGCCAAACAUGCUAACUUCUUUAAAAAACAUUAGGCCAUGUCAUGCUAUUUUUCUUAGCAUGGCAUGAGCGAAUGUUUGAUGAUGUUAGCCAUUAGCUUUACAUACUAACUUCCUUAGCAUGUCAUCAGCUAAUGUUUGAAGACUUUGGCCAUUAGCUUCACAUGCUAACUUCCUUGGCAUGACAUGAGCAAAUGUUUGAUGAUAUCAUCUAUUAGCUUCACAUGCUAACUUCCUUAGCAUGUCAUCAGCUAAUGUUUGAAAAUGUUAUCUAUUAGCUUCACAUGCUAACUUUAUUAGCAUGUCAUCAGCUAAUAUAUCAUGACGUUAGCCAUUAGCAUCACGUGGCAACUUCCCUGGCAUCACAUGGGCGAAUGUUUGAUGGUGUUAGCUGUUAGCUUCACAUGCUAACUUCCUUUGCAUGUCAUCAGCUAAUGUUUGAAAAUGUUAUCUAUUAGCUUCACAUGCUAGCUUCUUUUAAAAAGCAAUAGCUCAUGUCAUGCUAUUUUUCUUAGCAUAUUAGCUAAUGUCUCAUGACGUUAGCCAUUAGCUUCACGUGACAACUUACUUAGCAUGACAUGAGCGAAUGUUUGACGAUGUUAGCCAUCAGCUUUACAUGCUAAGUUUACGUAGCAAACAUUAGCUCCCUAGCAUGACAUGUUUGAUGAGGCUAGCCAUUACUUUAACAUGCUAAUUUGUGUUUAUUGUACAUUUACUUUGAUGCCAAUUAAAGUACGAAAUAAAUGUUCCUAUUAAUGUUU